AUGAAGCUGAAGAGGUUUCUCUUGAGGUACUACCCUCCUGGCAUCAUUCUAGAGUACAUUCGCAGCAAUGGAGAAUAGGAGACUAAGUCUAUUGAUUUGUUAAAUCUAAGCAAUGAGUAAUGUUUGCAUUUUAUCAAUAGUACGGAUGUGGAUCAGUUGGUCGAUGAAAUUGUGAUGGAGGAACCAAUCAUUUCAGAAAGCAGAAAGCCUUAACUAGCAGCAUUGAUUCGCAGUAUAAACCUAUUUAAUUUAGAACUUAUUGAAAAGAUCGAAUCAAAAAAGGAACAAUCAUUUGAGUUAUUCAAGACCCUUAAAGGUCAUAUGUUGCCUCUAACAAAUUGUGCAUUCAAUAAGAACGGGGACAAGUAUUGAUUCCACUAUGUAGAUUCAUCACAGGUAGUUAUGAUAGAACUUGUAAAGUAUGGAACACCUUCACAGGAGAAUAAAUGGUCUCUCUUGAAGGUCAUAAGAAUGUUGUUUAUUGCAUUGCAUUCAACAAUCCCUUUGGGUAUUCUUAAAUCAAUAUUCCCAUAGAGAUCGCGUUGUCACAGGCUCUUUUGAUAAAACUGCGAAAAUAUGGGAUGCCAGCUCAGGAAAGUGUCUCCAAACACUUGUGGGUCAUCAAUAUGAAAUAGUUUGUAUUUCCUUUGAUCCUCAUUCCUUACUUGUGGCAACAGGAUCUAUGGAUAAGAGUGCGAGAUUAUGGGAUGUUGAGACAGGAAAAUAAAUUGCCAGAUUGGAUGGACACGAGGGUGAAAUUGUCAGUUUACAUUUCAAUUCUGAUGGUGACAAAUUACUCACAGGGUCAUUUGAUAAAACUGCAAUGGUAAACAUGUGCUUUACAAAAUAGAUUUGGGAUGUGAGAUCUGGAGAAUGUAUCCACAUUUUAGACGAACAUACAGGAGAGAUUUCUAGCACUUAGUUUGAAUUCACAGGAGAUUAUUGUGGUACUGGCUCCAUAGAUAAGUAAUUAAAAUCUUAGACCUAUUAGAACUUGCAAAAUUUGGGACAUUAAAACAGGAAAAUGCAUUGAAACACUCAGGGGACAUCAAGAUGAAGUUCAAGAUAUCUGCUUCAAUUCUACAGGUUUCUUUUUUCACCUAUCAACUCCAAGGAACUAGAUUAGUGACAGUCUCAGCUGAUGCAACAGGAAGACUUUAUAAUGUCCAUACUGGAGAGUGCAUAGCCCAGCUCUUAGGACACAAAGGAGAAAUCUCUAAAGUUGCAUUUAAUCCAUCAGGAAAUAAAAUUAUUACAGCUAGUGCCGACAAUACAGCAAGAAUAUUGUAAAUAUAGCUCUUAUAAAUUUCAGUUCAGAAACUGGGGAAUGUCUGUAAGUAUUGGAAGGUCAUACUGAUGAAAUAUUUAGUUGUGCAUUCAAUUAUGAAGGAGAUAUAAUCAUCACAGGAUCUAAAGAUAAUACAUGCAAAAUUUGGAAAGAAGUUAAUCUUUAGGUUAAAAAAUGACUGUUUCCAUAUAUAUCUAUAUAUAUUCAUUAAAC